AUUGCUAUUCUAUUACUAAUUUAUGGUAACAUUGGUAACAUUGUUCUCGGGAACUAUGUGUGAAAGUGACGCCUUUUCGCAGAAUUUAAGUAUUAUUUAAAUACAAAACAAAUUUCAGUGAUAAACCGAAAUUGUGCUAUUAAACACUUAAAAAUCAAAUAUAUUUACUUGAAUCGGUAAAUCAUGAGUCAAAAAGUAACACGUAAAGGGGCCAUAGGUGAAGAAAAGGAAAAGAGACAAACAGACAGCCCAGCGAAAGAUGUAAAAAAGAAAACUACGAACGCGGAAAAAGAUAAACAGACGACAUCCGAAAAACCGGAGAAAUCUGACAAACAACAAGAAAAGGUACAAGAGAAGCCCGUAGAAAAAGACAAGAAAGACCAAAAAGAUAAGAAGGAAAUGGAGAAAAAAGACAGUCCUCAAGAGAAGAAAGAAGAUAGUAAAACCGAAAAGAGUGGAAAGCCCGACAAACCGGAAGUUAAACCGAAAGAGAACGGAAACGACGUACGUAACGGUACCGAGACGCCGUCGAAUGGCGGACAAGACGCCAACGGCACGGUGAGUGACACGGACGACGAGGCCUUGGUCAUUGACGAUGACGAGCCACAAGACGAGCUGUUCCCGGAACUGGCUUACGAUGACUCAGACAUUGAAGGCUUCGAGCCCCCGACGCCUGAGAAUCUGCCUAGUCGAAGCUUCACUAGGCGAUCGCAGGUGAAAGCGAGCCGGAGCCCGGAGACGCCGCGGCCGGCCUCCGACAAGCAGACCGCGGCGGACGGCGCCGACCACCCAAAAGAUUCUAAAGUGCUUAAACUGAAGGAUGACACUCCGGCAUCAGACAGAAAAUUGCGUUCUGCCGAUUCUCCUAAACCACAAGACAAGAAGCCACAGGAAGAGCCCCCCAAGGAAUCCGAAGGAGAGGAUCAAAAGGCGGCUGAGGACCAAAAAGCAGAAAAACCUCAAAACCUUGAAGAGAAGACCCAAAAGGUUGAAGAGCAAAAGAAAAUAGAAGAAGCAAAAGAAGUGAAUGAGGAAAGCAGUGGAGAUAGAGCGGACAAGUUAGAAGUCGAAGUUGUGGUGGAAAUCGAAGCUGAUGACGAGCCUCGGAAGGUGGACACGAACUACUCCAAGUCCAGGGUGAAGGUGUCUCCGUACCGGCGCAGCAUGAGGCUCGCCGACCAGACCACCAGCUCCGUCCUCGCCAACUACACCGGCAACAACACGACCAUGGAGAUGGACAUCACCGAGUCUUCGUUCGUGACGGCGGCGGAGGAGGAGCCGGCGCUGGACGACAGCUCGUACCUGCGCGGCCUGCGCUCCAUCCGGGGCAGGACCUCCUACAAGCCGCUCAAGGAGAUCACCCUCCGCCACGUCACCGCCGCCAGGACCAACCGCAGCGCCCUGCCCGCCGCCGCCGCCGCCGCCGCCGCCGCCGCCGAGUCUCGCCCGACGGCGCCGGUGGUCGGCCGGAAGCGGAAGCCGGAGCCCGAGAGAGACUCUCCGCCGCACUCCGACAAGCGACUCCGCCUGCUGGACCGGAUCGCGGCCCCCUUCCGCCGCGGACCCGUCGGCCUCGUCACCCUGCCGCGGAGGACGCCCGAGAUUGUUGGGAUCAAUACGGAUCUACCGCUAACCGCGCCGGUCGCAUCUCCGGACACGUUCGACCCGGAGUCUCUGAAGGCGCCGCCGCCCGAGCCCGUCGCCACGCCCCUCCCGCGCGAUGAGAGGGACGGCAAGAGGUGCGUCCUCAUGUAACGCGGGCUGAUGCCCCAGGUCUGCAUGACAGGGAACACAAGAACUUUAAAAGCCACAAAUUAUCAGUUUCAAAGUAGUAAAAUGAUCAUGAGAACUGUUUGCAAACGACAAUAAGUAAAGCGGCGCUAUAUUUAUCGCAAUAGUUACUACGAUAUUACAAUUAGCACCGGAAGAAGUUCAACAAAUAUUGUCUACUAAACAAAAAAUUACGGGACGUCUCCUCGGAUUUUAAGUUACAAGUUCAAUAUUGGUGACGUGGACCCGAAGAUAGACAUAACAAAUUUGUGGAACGUAAUGGGAAAUCGUAGCUAGGCUGUGGUCCCACUGCCUCGGUACCGAAUCGAACGUUGGAGCGACUGGGACUGCACGUGGACGGCGCCACGACACGCCCCGCCACGCCACGCCACGCCACGCCACGACACGACACGACACGCCGGUCCGGACUUUCGCACCUAACUGCCUCGUUUAGUUCUACUAAAACUGCCGAGACCGGUCGGUCCUGCAGCGCUGUCCGAUAAAGCUUUUAAUAAUUCAACAGAAACAAGUACAUUUCAGAAGGAUUGAUGAAAUCGAACUGUCAAAACAUUUUUGAUAAAAAAAGCACAGCUCAACUGUUAAUGUAAAUAGAAGAUAAACUGCAAACGUGACGCAGAACAACACCUGAGGUCCGGCAACUUGCACAUAUUUUAUUCAUUGGGCUACUUAAAUAGUACUCUAAAUACAAUUAGAACUGGAGAAUCGUCCUCACGACCCACCCCGACAACCCCACCGCUGUGGUCUAUGAAUACGACCACCUCAAUUGCGUUUUGCACAAGCAGAACAAGAUGUUUGCAUUUCAUUGACAAGCUCACGAUGUGUUUAAGAACGCGCACUUUCAAAGCUCGCCACCGCCUAGGCUAGCAAAACAAGCUUAUAUACCUAAUGAUAGAUCGAAAUCAUGGAAUUUCCUAAUUUUGGAGAUCUUGAAUUGUGAACUAAAACGCUUUUCGGAUGUUUCAUUCGAAUGCGCGUUCGUUCUCAAAGAUUAAACAUUAAUUAUUCACUGAGUAAAAUUCUAAAGAAAACAUUAAAAUCCAUCCGAAAUGUUAUUAAAACUAGAAAUUAUAAAAAAAAAAUGUUACUAAUAAUAGAUAUAGUAAUAGUUAAUAUAAAAAUAGUUUGUAAUUUUUAGUCUAUGAAUAGACGAGAAUUAGAGAUAUAAUUAUAUUUUUCAACAUGAUUAAUUUUGUAAAUAAAUAUGAAAUCGAUAAAGAAUUAAAAGAAAUUGAUUUCAAAAAUCGAUUUUGUUGUUGGAUUUUCAUAUUAAACUAACAUUACCAACGUGAUUCAAAACACUUGCUCUUUAUUGAUUUGCGUAACAUUACAACUAGAGUAUCUUGUGGUCCGAAUUUAAUCGAUUAUUACAUACUCUUUGAUCUGCUGCAACUUAAAAAAAAUCUGUUGACUGUUCUUUCAUUUACCUAUAACUAUUAUACUAUAAAUGCCAUUGUUAUUUGAAAACAAAAUUUAUGUUCAAUACUAUAAAGCUCUGUUAAAUAAUGACGUCAUCAUACAAAUUGUACCACAACACCGCCCGACCACUUUCAACUUGAAGACUAGGUAUCUUCUCGCAUAAAAUGAUCAGGUCAAGUUCUUAAGAAAGUGUUUAAUAUGAAAAUUCGAUAUCGAUAAAUAAAGUGCUUUAUGAAUGACAGAAUAUUUUAAGUAUUAAUUAUCUUUUAGAACAAUGUGUUAUUGUAAUGUAGAUAUGAAAGGAAAAAUUUAAAACUCCGCUUUUAGAUCUAACGGGAUUUAAUGGCUGAGAAGGUUAUACACAAGUUCCAAUUACAAUGGACUCGAAAUGGUAGUGUGUCUCGAGUCUCAAUACUCGAGUCUCGAGUCGAUACCAUUUGUGUUCUAGUCUCUAGAGAGUUCGGGUGCCCGCUUCAUGUAAGGUGGGCCGUCAGUACAGCACCGUGUGCUUCCAAAGCAACACGAAUAAGACGCGAUAUCAAAUAAUAAAAAAAUGUCUUACUACACCAAGACUGUAAUAUAUAAAUAAAAUCGAAUAUCCUAUGUAAUUUUUCUAAUCAUAUCUACGAAUGUCGACGUCUACCUAGAAACGGUAUUACGUUAUUUUAAAUUAUCGACGCAAUAUAUAUUUUUUGUUUAGUUUAAGCGGCACGGGACCUGUCAUGAACUAACUGUAACGAUCACGGUGCUGGCGUUAUUAAAUCGAAAAUUAUUAACGAUUCUCAUCGUUAAAAAUAUCGAUUUUAUAAUCGUCUCUGGGACUGGCGAAACGUUUUUAAAUCGAUACUGAUUAACGAUUCUCAUCGUUAAAAAUAUCGAUUUUAUAAUUGAUAACACGCGAGUACGAGAUAAAGAUCUGUGUGCUUAGUGCGAGUUCUUUAAUGUUCUCGACAGCGUAAAAGUUAACUCAAAUUUGUAUGGAGUUGGAGCAGCGCCCCUAGCGGCAAACGUAAAGAAACUCGCACGAAAAACACACUGAAGCUAAAAUGAAUGUCGAUCACAGAGCUUGUUUAAUGGAGACUUUUUGGCGGGAACGCGAGGAGUGAAGUUGUGUGAUUUGUUUUAUUUUGUCUAUUUAGUGUUUCCUCAGGGUUAAGUGUGUAAUAACGGUGGUUUAUUAACUGUUUAAUAUAUAUGAAAGUGCACAAAUGUGGGAAAUGAAACAAAGCCGUUGGACGUAGCUUCUCGGGAUCGGAAAAAGUCUCAGUAAGACUACCGUUUUACUGAAAUCAUAUUUCAUCCCAUAUUAUCUCUUCUCAUUUCAUGCCAAUUGAUUAAGUUACCUUCGUUUAUUAUUAUUCAUAAACUGUUAAAUAAUAAAAACGGCAUAUUAUAAAAUUUUUAUUACUUGACGCUGGCUAAUGCACAAACCGUGCCGGAGUCAAAAUAUAAAGAAGAAGAAUAACUAAACUUACUGGUGUUGAAUUCGGCCGUUCCUAUCAUCAAACAUUCUUAGCUACUCACUUAAUUCUUAGUUACAAUCUGUGACAUUAAAUCUAUAAGGAAACGCCAUUAACCCAAGAGAUUGAUUGAGUUUGGUCGUUGAGGUUUAUGACACGUCCCUAUUAAGUUAAGUUCAAGGCGUUAUAUGAGACGUUUUUCUGCUCAUUUUAAUUGCCUUUUUUAUCAAAUUAACAUUGAUCUAUUAUGUUUUUUGUGUGUGUACAAUGUGAUUCGAAUCGCAAAUGGAAAUAAUUUGUAUAAUCAUAAGUUUCGUUAUUAAUUUAGAAUAGUUUUUCGUUUGAGGGGUCGAUGCGAUGCGUUUGUGACGUCACAGUCGCGAGCCAUUUUUGUUUAGCACUAAACAGAAAAUCGAAUUUUUAAAGUAUAUUUGCUAUUAAGUUCAGUUUUCUAUAAAAUGUACAAUAAAAAUGUAUGAAAAUAUCAAUUUUUCCCUCGAAUGCUUGUGUGGCUUGCCGAUAUGGAUUUGUCUGGACCCACCAACGGUGGAUAGUCCUUGUGUAGACACAUUUAAUGUUGUAUGAAGAUUUAAAUCAUAAUAUUAACAAUAUCAGGAGAUAAAAACAGUUUUAUCAAGUUUUUUUUUUUUUUUAAUGUAACUAAAAAAAAAAACAGAUUAUACAACUUAUUUCCUCUAUAGUUUAUAAACUGCCCAAAGAUGUGGAUUUGAUACGAAUAUGGAAUGCGAAACGUUUUGUGCAUUUUUUUUUAUUAAAAUAAGGAAAAGUG